UCGUCGGCAAAACGAUUUUCGUUGAAAAAUCUCAAAAAAUUCAAAAUGAGUGACGAAGCAAGUACCUCGAGGAAGCGUUAUCGACGCGAAUCUAACAGCGACAAGAGCGAUUUGGAGCCCGAUGAUUCUUACGAGCCUUAUGUGCCCGUCAAACAACGUCUGAAGGAGAAAUUGAUAAAACACGGUCGCUUAAUUCCCGUUGCCGCUGCCCCAAAAUCCUCAAGCGAAAAUGAAAACACCGACGAAAACUCGCAGGAAGCUUGGGGACGCAAAUUCAACAUUAGUUUACUCGAUCAACACACCGAGCUGAAAAAAAUCGCCGAAUCGAAGAAAAUCAGUGCAGUCGAGAAGCAGCUAAAAGAGGAGGAAAAAAUUUUGGAAAGUGUCGUCGAGAAAAAAGCUUUAAUGGGCGUCGCGGAGUUGGCAAAGGGCAUCCAGUACGAAGAUCCGAUAAAGACGAGUUGGAAACCGCCACGUUACAUCCUCGCCCGCUCAGAAAUCAAACACGAAAGUAUUCGCUUGAAGAAUCGGAUACUUGCUGAAGGUGACGACAUCCCUCCGCCGAUCACAACUUUCAAGGAAAUGAAGUUUCCCAAAGGAAUUUUGAUCGGUUUAGAGAAAAAAGGCAUCAAAAAACCGUCGCCCAUCCAAAUUCAAGGUCUGCCAGCGAUUUUAUCAGGGCGCGAUUUAAUUGGAAUCGCAUUUACGGGCUCCGGGAAGACUUUGGUGUUCGUUUUGCCGAUCAUCAUGUUCUGCUUGGAGCAAGAAAUCCGUUUGCCUUUCAUCAGAAAUGAAGGUCCGUACGGUUUAAUUAUCGGUCCGUCACGAGAACUGGCGAAACAAACGUACGACAUCCUGAAAUAUUUCGCCCAGCACUUGCAACAAACAGGAAUGCCCGAAAUUCGUAUCGGAUUGGCGAUUGGCGGCAUUCCUGUGAACGAAACCAUGAACGUUGUGAAUCGCGGAUGUCAUAUAAUGGUCGCUACGGCAGGAAGAUUGAUGGAUAUGCUCGGCAAAAAGAUGAUAAAUUUGGAUGUUUGUCGAUAUUUGUGCAUGGAUGAGGCAGAUCGCAUGAUCGAUAUGGGCUUCGAGGAGGAUGUUCGAACGAUUUUUUCGUAUUUCAAAGGACAACGACAAACUUUACUCUUUUCCGCAACAAUGCCCAAGAAAAUUCAAAACUUUGCGAGAUCAGCUCUCGUUAAACCGGUGACUGUUAAUGUUGGAAGAGCUGGCGCCGCAUCGAUGAACGUGACACAAGAAGUCGAAUAUGUGAAACCUGAAGCAAAAAUCGUUCAUUUGCUUGAAACUUUACAGAAAACGCCGCCUCCCGUGCUGAUUUUCGCGGAAAAGAAACAAGAUGUCGACGCGAUUCACGAAUAUUUGUUGCUAAAAGGCGUCGAAGCAGUUGCAAUUCACGGCGGAAAGGAUCAAGAAGAGAGAACUCAUGCCGUGGAUGCCUUCCGAUCAGGCACAAAAGACGUUUUAGUGGCGACGGAUGUUGCUUCGAAGGGUUUGGAUUUCGCGGAUGUGCAACAUGUCAUCAAUUACGACAUGCCCGACGACAUUGAGAACUAUGUGCAUCGUAUUGGGCGUACGGGACGUUCGUCAGGGCGAGGUUUGGCAACGACUUUUAUCAAUAAACUCGUUGAACAGUUUGUGCUGUUGGAUUUGAAGCAUCUUUUGAUAGAGGCGAAACAGAGUGUUCCUCCAUUCCUGCAAGAGCUGACGGCGGAUUCGGAGAUUGAGACGGGAAAUUUGGGCGAUGGAUGCAGUUAUUGCGGCGGAUUGGGUCAUAGAAUUACGGAUUGUCCGAAAUUGGAAGCGAUUCAGAGCAAACAGGCGUCGAAUAUUGGAAGGAAAGAUUAUUUGUCGAAUACAGCUGCAGACUAUUAACUUUAUUUUAUUUGUAUUAUGUUUCAAACUAUUCAUAGAAAAAUGUAAAUAUUUAUUCAUAGGACGAUACAAAAGUUGAAAAUGUUUUUUUGAUUUUAUUUUAAUUGAUUUUUUUGAAAAUUCUCAGGCUUGAAAUU